AUUUGCGUAUAGAACUUUCAGUAAGCCUCAAGCUGCGGAAAAAGCAAGUAGAAAUUGGAAAUGGCUAAAAACUUACUAAAACUUUCGACGAAAGUAAUUCCAACAUUUUUGGAAAUUUACAAGGGUGCCAGCUACCCGCGACAUGCUCUUACUUAUUGUGCCUUCAAGAAUUUUGAGAUGCAAAGUGCAAAGUAUCCGGAAUACAGAGAGAACCUUGAACUGCUUACACUCAACGAUGAUUGGCAAAAGGACGGCCUAUUUUUGAUGAAGAAUGGACCAACGUAUUACUUUGACUCACUGGAACCACAGCCGUUUGAACGUGUUAAGAAACUACUGCUGAACAUUGACUAUUCGAAAGAGGUGGUUUUUCGUGCCGUUCGUGAUCAAUUUAAACCAAUGGUCAACGAUGUUUUAUGGCUGAAAAACCUGGAGAUUACUGACCAGACCGGAACGACGGUCUACUUUUUGACAAAAGAAUUCAUAAAUCAAUUGGAACAACCUCCCAUACCAGAAGGAUGGUAUUUCCGAGAUCUUACCUUAGAUGACGUGGCAGAAAUAAAUCAGAAACUUCUUCGUGAGGGUGGUGACCAUCUUAGUUACAUUGAGCAUUCGAUCAAGUACAAAUUGUCCAUGGGUUUGUAUGACCAGAACGGAGUUCUGCAAUCCUGGCUGUACGCUGUUGACGUGGGAAGUCAUGGUACAUUGGGUGUCACUGAACAUCAUCAGCAAAAAGGAGCUGCGAGCGCAAUUUCAGUGAAAUUUGUACAAACAUUGCUUAAAGACAUUGAUAUGGAUUUAGCAUGGAACACUGCUCAUGGUAAUGAUGCAGCACAUGCAUUAGCUCAUAGGUUCAAAGCUAAGGAUCUUGGUACAGUGACGUGGAUGGCUGUGAAUAAGAGAGUUUCAAAGAAAAUGUCUCAAAUGGGCAUGUACCAAAUCUUUUAUCCCAAAAUGUAAUUGGAUAUGGGAUGUCUAUUCGGUUAGUUUAAUCAAGUCAAGUGACCUUUUUUCUAUUCUGUUGUUGUUUGCAAGAAUGGCUGUUGAAGGAAGAUUUUUUUGUUACGUUUUGUAAAUGCUUGUAAAUAAUAAAUUUUAU